AUGGACCUGUCUGUGUGGAAUACCUUCUCCCCUGGCCAAACUGGUCAAACACCGGGCAAGUCUCCCUAUUAUCAUGAUCAUCUUCAACUGCAUCCGUCUCAAAAUCAACCAAAUCAGUCUAAUCAACCUAAUCAACCCCUGCAUGAAUCAUCUUCCACUCACCAUUCAACCCCUUCAGCUCAUCCAUUUCAACAGACUCCUUUACAACCUCAUCUCACUACUUCAACAACUCCCGGUUCUAACUUUACCGAUACUGAACAAAUGUUUCUUCACCAAUUAGAACAAAAUUUGUAUGAGGCUGCAGCCGUACAUCAUCAUCACCAUCAUCAUCAUCAUCAUCAACUUCCUUCUAAUUCACAUUCUACUGAUACUACUCCUAAUUCUCAUGGCGGUGGAGAUACUCAAUCAACAUCUACAAAUCAUUCAUCAUCUCAAUCUCAUUUACAAUCAGGUGUUGUGGGGGCAGCCGCAGGUAUCCCACCUCCACCUCCAUCUCAAUAUGAAUUUGGCAUUGAAAAUAUUAAUUUCAUAAUACCGGAAGAUUUAAAUUUUGAUACUGAUCCAAAUCAUGAAUCUUCAGCUUUCCCUCCAUCUCAUUUACCUCCUACUCAAACUCCUAGUUUGUUAGCUGCCAAUAAAUCUGGUUCAGGUCCAACUUCUGUACCUUCAUCAACCAAAAAUACUAAUACCACCUCCAAAAAUGCUACAAAUUCAUCAACAAACCCAUCAUCUACUAAUUCUAAUCCUUCUUCAUCUUCAGGUAUAAAAGAUGAGAAAAUGUUUGCAUCUCCUAUUUUACCAGGUCAAAAUGAAAAAUCAUAUAAUAAUCAGCAUUAUUAUCAUAAACAAAAAUUGAAUGAACAUCAAGGUUCUGGUGGUGCAGCACCUCAACAACAUGUAAGACCGGAUGCUGUAUUUACACCAUUAGUUUCACCAGCUGUAACUCCCUUGGAUUCUCAAAUUAAAAGUGGAGUUGCUACUGGAUCUGGUUCAUCUUAUGGUCAUCAACCUCCUGUAUCAAUAGCAUUUGAACCAUUAACAUCACCUGCUUUAAAUGCUCAACCAUCAGGUAUUCAUCCUAAUGCAAGUAAUAAUAGUAGUAAUAGCAAUAGAGAUCGUGAUGAUAGAAGAAGAUCAUCUUCUAGUGUAUUUGGUCCAGUAGAUGAAACUCCAGCAACAAUGACAACUACUCAUUAUAAAAGAAGAACUCCUCAUGGAACUCCAAUAUUACUGGGGAAUUCUUCAACAGCGACUAAAUAUUCUCCUUCAAUUAAGGGAAAGAAUGGAGUAUUUCGUAAUACUUCAGGAGCAUUUGAAAAUUUACCUGAACUGAGUUUAGAAACAGGUGAAAUGUUACCUCCUUCAUCAGUUAAGAGAAUGGACUUUCAAGGUAAUAACAGUAAUAAUAGUAAUAAUAAUAACAGUAAUAAUAAUAAUAAUGGUAAUAGUGCCAAUGGCAGUGCUACUGGAACACCAUUAAUGGGAUUCACUAUGGGAAUAUUAGCUGAACAUUCUCAACAUGAAGAUGAAGGUAGUGAUUUAAUGAGUCAUAUUGAUAGUGGUAAUAAUGGUGAUGACAGUAAUGUAGAUAUGGAAUCUGUCAAUAUACCUUCUAAAUCACUUUCAAGAAAAUCCUCUACCAGAUCAAGAAAGUCAUCAUAUUCCAAAUCUAUUGGAAGAUCAGGUGGAUCAAGUUCAGAAACAUCACCUAAUUUAAAGCCUGAAAAUUCAUCAGGUAAAAAAAGUGGAGAAAAGCCUGCCACUAAAAAGGCAUCUCAUAAGUUGGCAGAACAGGGUAGAAGAAAUAGAAUGAAUAUGGCAGUUCAUGAAUUAGGAAAUUUAAUUCCUCAAACUUAUCAUGAUGAAGUAACCAUUCCUUCUAAAGCCACUACAGUCGAAUUGGCUUCUAAAUAUAUUCGAGCAUUAUUGACUGAAAUUGAUGAGAUGAAAAGAAAAUGA